UCGUGAACUCGACUUAAACGGACAAUGAGCAGCCAGUGGAAAGUCUCCCUCAGAGAAAUCACAUGAACGGUGGUAAGUCGAGUCCUUAAGAUGGCCCAGUUAAUGUGAUAACAUUAAUUGACACUGACAUUAAAUGAUUAACCAAUCAGAAUGGUUCCUACUUUACUAAAUCCACCUACAUCCAUCCACUAUCACCUCGUCUGUGGCUCGGGUGAGUCACUUUACUGACUGUUAGAAGUGAAUUUACUCUUGAUAAAACUUUGUUAUGUGUUGGUAUGACGCUCAACACAUGAUCAGUAAAAUCCAAAUCUGGUGGCGGGUGUGAUGGUGGCAUGACGAGGAUCAUUCUCAACACAGGAAUAUCCCUCCUGACCCCGAGUAAAUAUGUUUAUUGUUCCACUUACUCACGGGGAAUGAAGGGUUUGGUCAUCCAGCUCGCUUCAGGAUUAUAACCAACCACCCCCUGGUCGCCGAGGGUAUAAAUACUCAAGGUGCGCCACUCUCCGCUCAGUCUUGACGCACAGUCCUGUUACGCACGGAUCCGAGAGAGAGGAGACGCUCAUGCUAAAGGAGAGACCAGCUGACUGUAAAGAGAGUAAAAUCUCAGCAUCUUUUCUUCACUUUGAAGCUCUUUUUUUGGGGGGUAAAAUAAGACCAUGUCGUUGGUGAGCGCAGUGCCUUUCAUGAAGCCGCUCCACAUGCGCUCUCCUGGGCCGCAGGGGCGCCGCCACACGCUGCCGGCCAGCGAGUUCCGCUCUCUGAGCCCGGAGGAUGCCAUCAGCGUGUUUGAGAUCGAGAGAGAAGCCUUCAUCUCAGUGUCCGGUGAGUGUCCUCUCCACCUGGAUGAGGUGCGUCAUUUCCUCACCCUGUGCCCUGAGCUGUCUCUUGGCUGGUUUGAGGAGGGACGUCUGGUGGCUUUCAUCAUCGGCUCACUGUGGGACCAGGAGAGGCUUACCGCGGACGCCCUGACUCUCCAUAAGCCCCACGGGACCACUGUCCACAUCCACGUCCUGGCUGUCCACCGGACCUUCCGCCAGCAGGGCAAAGGCUCCAUCCUGAUGUGGCGCUACCUCCAGUACCUCCGCUGCCUGCCCUACGUCCGCCGUGCUGUGCUCAUGUGUGAGGACUUCCUGGUUCCCUUCUACCAGAAGUCAGGUUUCAAGGUGCAGGGCCCCAGUGAGAUCACGGUGGGGCCCCUCACCUUCAUCGAAAUGUUCUACCCGGUCCAGGGCCACGCCUUCAUGCGUCGUAACAGCGGUUGUUGAGGACAGAGGGGUUUAACGUGGAUUCUCCCCGGCUGUGGGUGACGGGACCACUCCUCCCCCUCUGGAAACAGGAUAAGGGGACGUCUGGGCAGCUUCGUUGUACACAAGCUACCGGCGCAGUGAUCGUGUUUCUGAUCAUCACUGUGAGACUCAGCAGCAGUGACGUGUGUGUUCGGACUGUGAGUCUGAAGAGGGACGAAAACAGAGAGCUGCCAUCCAGCUGCUGACAACAGCUGUGCUACGAAACAAAAAAAAAAUCUGUAGUUUGGUGUGAGUAGAACACAAACAUACAAUCAUUAGAGCAAAGUCCUGAAAGAAUGUAAGCACCGAUUUCAGCUUUGUAUUUUGUAUAAAACUCUUUUACUCUUCAUUUGAAUUUUUUGAUAAAUGCUGGACAUUUAUUAUCGUACUCGAUAGAACGCAGCUGCCUUGUUUCUUUCUUUUCCCUCUUUUUUUUAAAAUAUAUUUGUUGUUUAACUUCUAAUUUCUGGCUCUCUAUAAAGACUAUUUUUAGUCAGUAAAAUCAGCAUCUCUGUUAUCAUCGCAUUCUAACAUCUCUCAUGUGUAGUUUCCUGAAAACAGCAGUUUGCCUUUCACAGCAGCUUUAGAAGAUUGCUGUUCAUGUUAAACUUUGCACAGCGAUGUUGCAACUACAGUAAAAUGCCAAACUGUUAACCUUCAACAACCGUUGAAUCAAAUCAUCUACAAAGGAGGGAUAUAAACAAAUGAUGCAGUGCGUCAGAUAAUGACUUGAACAUGUUUUAUGACUAUAAAGAUGUAAGCGGUCCUGUCUCUCCAUCAUGCAUGUUCACUGCUCAUCUUCAACAUGCUCUUUGUGUGCACAGUUUGUGAUGAAUUUCUGUCUUUUAAAAUGCUGAAUAUAAUCUUUUGUAGAGUACAGAAUGUAUAUAUUUCAAGAUCUCUCCUUGAUAGCGUCCUCUGGCCUCCUCCCUUGUAGACAAUCACCACCUCUG